AAUAUGUGACGCAGCGAAAGGGGGGAAGGCCUCGGAUACAAGUCUUCGCUCCCAUUCAUACAGUGUUGAACAUUAGCAAGCAUCGCAGACCGACCAGACGCGCCACAUCUUCAUCAAACCAGAGAGCCUCCCUCCUCUCAGACAGAAACAAAGCAUAGAGCCUGUACAUUAGCAGCCACCAUGGCAGAAGCGCACCAGGCGGUGGCCUUUCAGUUCACCGUCACCCCUGAUGGCAUCGACCUCCAUCUGUGCCACGAGGCUCUACGCCAGGUCUAUCUUUCUGGCAUCCACUCUUGGAAGAAAAGAUUCAUUCGCUUUAAGAAUGGGGUAAUGACAGGUGUGUACCCAGGAAGCCCGGCUGGGUUCAUGAUAGUGGUCGUGUCAUACAUGUCGUACAAUAAAUACAAACAGCUGGAUCCUUCUUUGGGAUUGAUAGUCAAACUAGGCCAACACAUACCUAUCAGCCGAUACAUGUCUAUGGACAGCCAGAGGAUAGUCGGAGGGGUUCUGGUGGGCACGGGCCUCUGGGUCACCAUCAUAAUGAUCAUGAGGAAUGUUCUGAAGAGCCUGCUGUCAUGGCACGGGUGGAUGGAGUCGCGCCACAGGUCUCUGCCCUUUGGUACCCGUUUGUGGCUGAUAUUGGUGAAGGUGUUCUCUGGCAGAAAGCCGAUGCUCUACAGUUUCCAGAACUCCCUGCCUCGGCUUCCUGUUCCUUCUGUAAAGGACACCUGCAGAAGGUACCUGGAGUCGGUGCGCCCACUCAUGGGUGACGAGCAGUUUGAAAGGAUGAAAGCCUUGUCAAAAGAUUUCGAGAACAAUCUGGGACCCAGGGUGCAGUGGUACCUCAAACUGAAGUCCUGGUGGGCAUCCAACUAUGUUAGUGACUGGUGGGAAGAGUAUAUUUACCUGCGAGGCCGUGGGCCCAUCAUGGUCAACAGCAACUAUUAUGCCAUGGACUUUUUGUACGUGUUCCCCACGUGUAUCCAGGCUGCCCGGGCGGGUAACGCUGUUCAUUCCAUCAUGCUCUACAGGAGAAAACUGGACAGAGCUCAGAUCAAACCAAUAUACUUGCUGGCCAACAAGGUACCUCUGUGUUCUGCUCAGUGGGAGCGAAUGUUUAACACCUCCCGCAUCCCUGGUGUGGAGACAGAUACGCUCCAGCACAUGAACGAGAGCAAACACAUUGCUGUGUACCAUAACGGCCGUUUCUUCAAGGUGUGGAUGUUUUACGACGGACGGCUGCUGUUGCCGCGGGAGAUCGAGCAGCAAAUGGAGAGGAUCUUGGCAGACAGGUCGGAGCCGGUGCCGGGAGAGGAGAAACUAGCUGCACUUACUGCGGGAGACAGGACCCCUUGGGCAAAGGCCCGGGAACAGUUCUUCAAAAGCGGUAAAAACAAGCAAUCUUUGGAUGCCAUAGAGAAGGCGGCUUUCUUUGUUAGCCUUGAUGACACCGAGCAGCGUUACGAUGCAGACAACAAAGUCAAGUCUCUGGACAGUUACGCCAAUUCCCUGCUCCAUGGAAAAUGCUAUGACAGGUGGUUUGAUAAAUCCUUUAAUCUGAUCAUUUACAAGAACGGCACCAUGGGACUUAACGCAGAGCAUUCCUGGGCUGAUGCUCCGAUCGUUGGUCAUCUGUGGGAGCAUGUGCUGUCCAUGGAUUCUAAGCUUGGCUACACUGAGGAUGGCCACUGCCAUGGGAAGCCUCAUCCCAACCUUCCUGGUCCCCAGAGGCUGCAAUGGGACAUCCCGACUCAGUGUCAGGAGGUCAUUGAGAUCUCAUUGACAGUAGCCAGGGCUUUGGCAGAUGAUGUGGACUGCCACAUAAUCCCCUUCGAUGACUUUGGAAAGGGGCUGAUUAAGAAGUGCCGCACCAGUCCAGAUGCUUUCAUCCAGAUCGCCCUGCAGCUGGCCCAUUACAGAGACAAAGGGAAGUUCUGCCUGACAUAUGAAGCCUCCAUGACACGGCUGUACCGUGAGGGUCGAACAGAAACCGUACGUUCCUGCACAAUGGAGGCGUGUGACUUUGUUCGUGCCAUGGUCAGAGACGAGACGAGAGAAGAGCGCCUCAGGUUGCUCAAAGUGGCGGCAGAAAAACACCAAGACAUGUACCGCUUGGCAAUGACGGGGCAGGGCAUCGAUCGCCACCUUUUCUGUCUCUAUGUGGUUUCUAAAUACCUAGGAGAGGAAUCUCCCUUCCUCAAGGAGGUCUUGUCUGAGCCAUGGAGGUUGUCCACCAGUCAGACUCCUCUGCAGCAGGUUGAGUUGUUUGAUCUGGUCCGACAUCCAGAGCUGGUGUCCUCUGGAGGUGGAUUCGGUCCUGUGGCUGAUGAUGGGUAUGGUGUCUCCUACAUCAUCCUCGGGGACGAGCUCAUCAACUUCCACAUCUCCAGCAAAUACUCAAGCUCAGAAACUGACUCGCGUCGUUUUGGUGACAACAUCAGACAGGCCAUGCUGGACAUGCUGGCUCUCUUCCAGCUUGAGAAGAAAGCGGCCAAGUGAUGAUUCUCCCUGUUUUUUUUUUUGUUCCGUUUUUUUCUGGUGGAAUAAGCGAAAGAAUAAUUGAUUUAUCAAAUCUUCCUGUAGAUUGUAAAGAAUCACUUGACGGUUUGGGGUUAUUGUUAAGUUAAUUAAUGUUACAUAAAUAAGGAAGGCAUUUAGACACGUCACUGUCGAUAUGUUUGUGAAGAGAUUUGUGUGCACUGUUGGGGUGAGGAGAACCUCCAGCACAGAUGGUGUGCAGAUCAAAGUAUUUAUUUGCAAAACUGAACUUUAGCGGUGCCUUAGCGACCCACUAAUGUAAAAAAAAUAAAAAGAUGGGGCAGAAAGGGAGGAGAAUAUUCUAGUCUGGGAACAAAUCUGUGCUGUAACACUGAAUUAUAUUUUAGCUAAAGAUUUGUUCAGUAGCAUCAUCCAAUUGUAAUGAUGCUAUAAGUUGUAAGACGGUGCAAUACUUUUAUUAGCUUCCACCCUGUGCAUGUGUUUGUUUUGUUUUUUUCUUUUUGCGCUUCCUUCUGUUGCCGCCGUUGGCUCACCAUAACGGACCCAAACGGUAAACAUGAUGUUAAAUCUCGGCUUGUUUUUAGGUCACACAGUGUUCACCUAUUUUACAUGGUUCAGCAAAAGCCAAUUCUCUUGGAUAAACAGUUGCAGUGAAAUCGUAUGUCUGUAAUCGCAAGAAUCGUAGGUAUGAAGCUUUGAUUUGAUAUGUACCUCUGUGUUAGCGUGAUUCUGAACACAAGACAAGACAGGAAGCUGGUGCCGCGGUCUUAUCUCCAUUGCCAUUCUGACGCAUCUGUACAGUCUGUUCGUUCAGUUUUAGCUGCUAUGAUUUUAUGAGGUUGCCGUGAAGGCAGUUAUGUGUUCGUCUCAUUUUCAUACUUUGCUAACUUGGCCUGUUAUCAUACGGUGCUCACGGCAGCGCUUAUUCUGGUUGCUUCAGUGGAUGGCUGAAUGCAGUACAAUGCUGAAUGACCCGGUUAAGUUUGUAGGUGACAUAAGGUGAAAUUUGCUUUGAGAGCGAGACGUGGAAUAACAUAAUAUGUGGGGUGGAAAUUUGCUAGUUACAGCGUGGUGACGGUGUAACUGUUGUUGCCUAGUCGAAAUGUGUUUCAGAACCAUAGCAGCUUGUUGGUCUCUAGAACUGUAUGAAACUGAGGUUUCUUUUGAAACUUUCAAAGAAGAUAAAUUAUAUUUGGGGUUUUUAUUUAAAUGUCAAUCCAGUAUGUUUUUUUUUUUUUUGUUUAACCUCCUAAUUCACAAAAACAUGUAUAUUUAGCAGUUAAACAAGGUGAACAAUAAGCACUAAGGUAAAGCUUGUUUGGAUUUAUAAGGUUAAAUAAGGUUUUUUUCUUUUUUUUUAGAUGACAUUUAUCUUAUACUUUGCCAGUAUGUUGUAGUUGUUUGACUUUUUAUCUCAGUAGACCUCAUGUUUACACUGCUGCAUGUUAUUUGAGGAUCAAGCUGUACAUGUUUGCCUUUAAUUUAAAGCUGUGUAAAAAGACAAGCAGCUGAUAUACCAAACAAAGUUUUAACAUUAAAGUGAAUGUCAGUCAGCUGUAUAAGUCUCGUUUAGGCUCUUAUUUCCAUUGUGAUUAAUCUUAUUUUUUUAAUUUACCUUAUAGUUAAGUCCAGCGAUCACCAUUACAGCAAAUGUGAUUAAAAGUAUUAGUUCAAUCACUUAUUAGACUUUGGAUGAAUCUUGUUUGAUUGAUUUGGUGCAGUUUUAUUAUGUGAAUUAAAUUUUGAGGUCAGAAGAACA